AUGGUCAGGUUUACUUCUCUUCCGGUUCGCCGUCUUCUCCAAACCCUUAAGCAUUUCGUCGCAAACCAUAAGAACUGUUGGUUUGGAUCAAAACUAUUAUCAGUUAACGUAAUGGCAAUCAAAGGUGUGAAUCAAUUGAAUGAACAAACGAUUGAGUCUUUCGGCGACCAAAUCCUCGGACUCUUCGAGCGAUAUCUUCCCGAACGGAGGGAUUGUAUAGAAGUUAAUACACGACUCGUAUGGCUUAGUCCUGGCGUCCGUCACAUGAGUGGACUCUUUGGCGAUUCCCAGACCAGUGAAGCGUCGGUUCUCUCGUUAAUUGAGUCGUCGAUCGAUGCAAACAAUGCAACACUUUUGCCACAAAACACACAACCAUUCAAUGUUUUGCCGCCAAACUGGGAAUUGCAUAAUGAAUGGCAUGACUCGAGCUCUGCAUUUCACGCUAUACUCCACACCUGCUAUGAGUUGAGAAUUUGUGGCAAUACUCCCAAUACUCCCAAUGCUAUAACAUUGAAGGCAAACAACGAUAUGUUGCCAUUGAGUGGAACCGUUUGGAUGUUAAUGCCAUUCGUGGCAUCACUUGUGGCAAUUUUAAUAUUUUCGGUAUUAUAUGUGAAACGAUAUCGCAAUCCGUAUGAGUCGGACAGAUGUUCAACAAUCACAUCAAUUGUGGCACUCUUUGUAUCACUGCUUACCUGUGCUCUCAUUCCCGUCGAUAUAUUCAUUGUCUCCUUUAUGAAGGACUCUUCGGCUCACUUCAAAGAUUGGGCGCUGAAUAUAACGCAAAGGGAUGCCAUCGAGAACUCAGCAAUUUUAAUAUUUUCGGUAUUAUAUGUGAAACGAUAUCGCAAUCCGUAUGAGUCGGACAGAUGUACAACAAUCACAUCAAUUGUGGCACUCUUUGUAUCACUGCUUACCUGUGCUCUCAUUCCCGUCGAUAUAUUCAUUGUUUCCUUUAUGAAGGACUCUUCCGCUCAUUUCAAAGAUUGGGCGCUGAAUAUAACGCAAAGGGAUGCCAUCGAGAACUCAGUUCUCUAUUCAUAUUACACUCUGUAUUCGUUGAUAUUUUUCUGUGUAUUUAUUUUGAUUCCUUUCGUAUAUUUCUAUUACGAGGAGAAAAGCGAAGAGGGAUUCACUUCGGAAGGGCGCUUUUGUGGUGCAUUCAAAUAUAGUGUUGGCUUUCUAUUCGUCGCCGUUAUUCUCCUAUUGAUUGGGGCUUUCAUACCGUUACACGAAUAUCAUCCACACAAUAACGGAACGAAUAGCAGUUCCGAAUGGAUCGAUGACAUGAAGUUCAUAUUGGAUGACUUGAGCAGAAACCGUGGCGAAGACGCGCUGUCUAUGGUGUUAAGCAUACUGUCAUCGGUGGGAGUGAUCUAUUUGGUGAUCUUCACGGGCUUUGGUAUGUUUUCGUUUCCCAUCGGUUUGAUUCGAGGCACUCGAAGCGCUCGUAUGGAAAUCGAACGCAUCCAAGACUCACAUCUCGCCAAUCAAACGAAGAUCAAUGCACUCAGAGAUCGGGAGCGCAUCGGAAACCGAUUGACUCCACGAGAGAAGAGACAAUUGGUUAAACUCGAAGAGAAUGAGAGGAUUAUCACUCGCGAAGAGGAAUAUCUGUUGACAUACAGAGGCUCUCUGUUCUAUAAGUUGCGAAAUCUCGUUCGUCCCCUUCAGAUAGGGCUCGGACUCCUUGCCAUCAUUCUCUCGUUGAUUGUCUGGAUUUCACUUCUUAUUACAAAUAUUGAUAAAGCGAUGCAUUCGUUGGGAAUGGAAAUGGGUUACGCGUUACCCAAACCUCAAAUCCCGAAUCCAAUCGAUAUAAUUUUGGUCACAUUUCAACGUGUAUUCCCAUUGGAUUACAUACUGAUCCUAUUAAUGUCCCUAUUCUUCGUUUUGGCCACAAUGUCUGGCCUCAAGAAUCUGGGCAUUUGGUUCUUCUUCGUCAGGCUGUACAAAAUUCGUGUCAAGAAAUCCAGUCCUCAGGCAUUGCUUAUGCUUUUUGGGACUUUAAUGUUGACAACUUUGGGCAUAAAUAUACUGUUUUACUGUAUUUCUCCGCAAUACGUGACGUUUGGAAGUCAACACUAUAUCAACGCCACGGCUAACAAUACGGUCUCCAUUUGUUCGUCGAAAGCGUCGUCAGACGACUGUACAAUGACUCGUGUCAGCCGAUUGUUGGUUCGCUUCUUCUAUAAGGCCUGGUUUUUUGGCGCUUUCUAUUACUGGUCGAUGUGGGCCUUCAUUGGGGAUUCCGGCUGGUCUAGACACUGGCUUCCUGAGUAUCUACUACUGCUGGAGCUUCUCUCACUGCUGCUAGACUCUCCAAUAUAUGUGAUCCUAAGGCCGACCAGAUCUGUGACCGAAGGACUCAUAGAUGAUGACGACCUCGAAGAGAGUGACGACGAUCUGAGAGCAUAAAUCCCUAUUUGUUUUAAACAUUUUACAGAUAUAAUUAAUUUUUUACAGAUAUUUAGAAUAUAAUCCCAAUUGUAAUAAAUCUUAAUUCUUAUUGUAUUUGAUGUAAUUUAAUAUUAUUUAUGGAUUAUUGUGUGAUAUCUCUUAUGGCAGU